CCGCAGCCACUGGGCGACCUUAAGGCUGCUUGUGGAAACUCGCACAUCCAAUUGAGGGAAGCAGGAAGAGGUGGACUAGUCACAUGAUUCCCCCCCCCCCUGCAAAUCUGCUCUGUGUGACUCCAGGCAGGAGGGCUGAUCGCGGAGGUUUCCGCUCGGUGCUUCAUGCAACACCUUCAAACGCGUGCCUGCACGACCGGGCCGGCGGGAGCGUUUUGUGGCAUGCGCCCCUCCUUCUGGAUCUGACCUACCCGCGGCGCAAUUGUUCUGCUUGCUGCAGCUGCUGCUCCUGCGCGCUUUGGAACGCGGGCGCGCCUUUUGCCCGCGGACGGGGGCGCGCGCGUGGUUGCAACAAAAAAACAAACAAACCCCGUGCCGUGGCCCUUUAAGCUGCGUGUGUGGGGAGGAGACUGCCGAGAAGAAGAGAGGACUUUGGGUAUAGAGAGAGGGCAUUUGUGUGUGCGUGCCGAGGAGAGACCUCUGGUUUGCAGUUUGGGGAAGGAUCUCUAGACUCCGCCGCCACCCUUCCUCUUUACCUCUCCGCCAGCAACACGCCUGCAAGCCCGCCUUUGCAAGCCAAAGGCUCUUAAGAUCUCUAGGUCGAUCUCACCGUUGCAACAUUUUCUUCUUAUUAAGUGUCAUUGCAAUAAACCAGGAUUUUGUGUGUGGGUGAGAGCGAUCGCUAGUACCGGGGCGUUGGGGAAGGGAAGGCACGCAUCUCCUUUGUGGGUCUCCGGAUUUUGGAAGCAGGUUUGCAAGACAAGGCGGGGAGAGGAGGUCGAUUUUGAUGCUGUAAGCAUCCAGCCCCCAACGUUGGGGAUAAUGCAUUCUGGCGAGCCCACAUCCAGGUGCCUGUCUCCGUCUGUGCCGCUAAGGGGCGGUGUGGGGCAUGACAACCCUUCUGCGUAUGGCUCGCUACGGUAGCAUUCCGCAGACACUGACAUUUCCCUUCCUGUUUGGAAGCAAGCCUUGCAUUGUAAAACGAAGGAUCUGAGGGACUGGCACCUUGAACUUGGCCUUGAUUCCCCCCCCUCACCCACCCCCUUUUCUCUCCCCCCUUUCUUUCUCUCUCUCUCUCUCUCUUUCCUCCCCUCCUUGGCAGAUCUCCUCACACCCCCAACCUUCCCCUGUUCCCCCCUCCCCUUCCAACCUCCCCCAACACCCCUUCCUUCGUCCAUGGCGGAGACAAAAAUAAUCUAUCACAUUGAUGAAGAGGAGACCCCUUAUCUGGUGAAAUUGCCCGUCUCCCCGGAAAAAGUCACUUUGGCAGAUUUUAAAAAUGUCCUCAGCAACCGGCCGGUGCAUAACUACAAAUUUUUCUUCAAAUCUAUGGAUCAGGAUUUUGGGGUUGUGAAAGAGGAGAUCUCGGAUGACAAUGCAAAGCUACCCUGCUUCAAUGGACGUGUCGUGUCUUGGCUGGUCCUGGCCGAGAGCUCCCAUUCGGACGCCGGUUCCCAAUGCACCGAGAGCCACACAGAUCUUCCUCCUCCCAUCGAGAGAACAGGAGGCAUCGGAGACUCCCGCCCCCCUUCCUUUCACCCAAACGCUGCAAGCAGCCGAGAUGGACUGGACAACGAGACGGGGACGGAGUCCGUCAUCAGCCACAGGAGGGACCGACACCGGCGGAGGAACCGAGAGGGCCACGAAGAUGUCUCCCGCAUCAAUGGGCACCCAAAGCUGGACCGACACCGGGAGCACCCACCGGGCUACGACAGCUCUUCCACCAUGAUGAGCAGCGAGUUGGAGUCCAGCAGCUUCAUCGACUCCGACAAUGACGAAAACACGAGCAGGUUGAGUAGCUCCACAGAACAAAGCACUUCCUCCCGUCUCAUCCGGAAACACAAACGCCGUCGCCGGAAACAGAAGAUGCGACAGAUUGACCGGUCGUCUUCCUUCAGCAGCAUCACAGACUCUACCAUGUCCCUGAACAUCAUCACCGUCACCCUCAACAUGGAAAAAUACAACUUCCUAGGAAUCAGCAUCGUGGGCCAGAGCAACGACCGGGGAGAUGGUGGCAUCUACAUAGGCUCCAUCAUGAAAGGCGGCGCUGUGGCGGCUGACGGAAGGAUCGAACCGGGGGACAUGCUCUUACAGGUGAACGAGGUCAACUUCGAGAACAUGAGCAACGAUGACGCAGUGCGGGUCUUGCGGGAAAUCGUCUCCAAGCCGGGCCCUAUCAGCCUAACAGUGGCCAAAUGCUGGGAUCCUACGCCCCGGAGUUAUUUCACAAUCCCCAGAGCUGAGCCCGUGCGGCCGAUCGACCCCGCCGCCUGGAUCUCUCAUACCACGGCCCUGACGGGAGCGUACCCCCGUUACGGUAUGAGCCCCUCCAUGAGCACCAUCACCUCUACCAGCUCCUCACUAACAAGCUCAAUUCCCGAUUCGGAAAAGCUGGACGAAUCCCCUUUAACUGUUAAAAGCGACAUGGCCACCAUUGUCAAGGUUAUGCAGUUGUCGGAUUCCGGCCUUGAGAUUCGGGACAGGAUGUGGUUAAAAAUUACCAUCUCCAAUGCAGUAAUAGGAGCGGACGUGGUUGACUGGCUUUACACGCACGUGGAGGGCUUUAAAGACCGAAGGGAGGCCCGGAAGUACGCCAGCAGCAUGUUGAAACAUGGCUACCUCAGGCACACUGUGAACAAAAUCACAUUCUCAGAGCAGUGCUACUACGUCUUUGGCGAUCUCUGCGGCAAUCUGGCUGCACUGAACCUUAACAAUGGUUCCAGCGGAGCUUCAGACCAAGACACUCUGGGCCCCCUCCCGCACCCAGCCACGCCUUGGCCCUUGGGGCAAGGCUAUCCUUACCAAUACCCCCUUGCCCCUCCGUGUUUCCCGCCGGCCUACCAGGACCCAGGCUUCAGCUAUGGGAGUGGCAGCGCAGGGAGCCAGCAAAGCGAAGGAAGUAAAAGCAGCGGCUCUAACCGAAGCAACAGCGAGAAAAGCCGGAGGACCCUGGCUCGGGAUAAGGACCGCAAGUCAGCCGGCAGCGGCAGCGAAUCGGAUCCCACUGCCCGGAGCGGGGUAGCAGGGAGCAUCCUUCGGCGCGAGCGGCCAGCCAGCCAGCUCAGCCAGCUCAGCCACCACAGCCACCACAGCCGCGCCUCUGCUGCCCCCAGUGAGAGGAGCCCACACAGCCGCCAUUCGCACGGGCCUCCGGGCGUUCCACCACUCUGCAGCCUCCCCAAGCUGGGCCCCAAAGUCUAUGGGACAAGUGGGCCCCCUGGGGGCCCCCCUGUGCGGGAACUCGCCUCCAUCCCCCCCGAGCUGACCGGCAGCCGCCAGUCGUUCCAGAAGGCCAUGGGCAACCCUUGUGAAUUCUUCGUUGACAUUAUGUGAACAAGAAGUGCCUUCAAAAGACUCUUGUGCGGAGGGUUUGUUUUCUUGGGGUUACUUUUUUAAGUUUGCAAAUUGACGCUGGAAAAGAAAUAGGGGUGGAGACAGAGAGAUUGGGGGGGGGGGAACUAUUCGGAUUGUCCUUUGCAUGCCACGCCUUCCUGACUCUUGAUCUUUGCAAGCAAACGAGGAACAGAAAUCCUGGAAACUUAGAUAUAUCUGCAAAUCGGUGGGAUCUUUUUUUUUUUUUUUAAUUCUCCUUCUGCUUCCCCUACCCUGACCAAUGUGAUUGAUUGGUGUUCUCUUCACAAACCUUAAUGAGCUUUGGUAUCUGUGGCAUCCUCUCUCCAGUGCAAUUAUACUGUGUUCUCAAUCAAGAAAUAGCGUUUUAUAUAGUGCUUUUAAAAAGCAACAACACACAGUUCUCCAGUCAUGCAUAUUUGCACUUUUUUU